GAUUUGUCUCUUGCUCGACUUCUAAAGGCAGGAAACAUCUUGCCUGCAUCUGGCUAAGAGCAGAGAAUGGAUUUCCACGCCAUGGAGGAAGCGGACGGAGUCCGUUUCAGCUUCACGAUCUGGCCGACGAGCAGACUUGAAGCUACCAGAUGCGUCGUGCCCUUGGGUUGUCACUACUCCCCGUUGAAGAAGAUCGCGGAUAGUCCUCCUCCUCUUCCCUACGAACCGAUCUUCUGCAAGGGACCUUGCCGCGCUGUGUUGAACCCGGCAUGCCAGGUGGAUUACAGGAACAGGAUCUGGAUCUGUCCCUUCUGCGCCACCCGCAAUCACUUCCCUCAUCAUUACGCUGACAUCAAUGAGACAAAUCUUCCUGCUGAGCUGAUCCCUCAGUUCACCACGAUCGAGUAUCAGCUUCAGCGCCCGUUCGCCCCACCCCCCGUGUUCCUACUGGUCGUGGACACCAGCGUGAAGGAGAAGGAGCUCAUGGCCCUUAAGGACUCCCUCCUGAUGGCUCUCAACCUGAUCCCCGAGAAUGCUAGGAUCGGGCUCAUCACCUUCGGUGCUACCGUGCAAGUGCACGAGAUCGCGAGCCAGGAGAUGCCCAAGUGUUAUGUUUUCCGAGGGACCAAAGAUGUUAAUACGCAGAUCGUACAAGACUUCCUCGGCCUGGGGCCUCGGGGUAUGAAGGGUGCAAACCCAGACAUGAUCACUCGGUUCAUUCAGCCUUACAGCGAGUGCGAGUUCUCCUUCACUGGGAUCCUUGAGGGGCUGGAGCACGACCCCUGGCCAGUCAAGAUCGAGCACCGUCCUCUUCGCUGCACGGGGGCAGCGCUUGCAGUCGCUGCGGGCCUUCUGGAGUGCAGCAACCCCAACAAUCCCAGCAGAAUCAUGAUGUUCCUGGGUGGCCCUUGCACCGAGGGACCUGGGCAGGUUGUGGGGGUGGAGAAGGAGGAGCCCAUGCGUGGCCACUCGGACAUUGACAAUGACUCGGUGAAGUGGGCAAAGAAAGCGACCCAGUUUUACAAUAGCAUUGCGCAGAGGUGCGUGCAGAACGGGCAUGUGAUUGACAUCUUCGCAUGCGCUCUGGAUCAGUGCGGUGUGCACGAGAUGAAGGCCUGCGUUGAGAAGACCGGAGGAUCGAUUGUACAGACUGACACGUUCAGCAACGUGAUCUUCAAGGAGUCGUUCAAGAGGAUUUUCGCUCGUGACGAGGAGAACAACCUCAAGAUGGCCUUUAAUGCCGAGCUGGACGUGAUCACCUCUAGAGAGUUCAAGGUCGCUGGAGCCAUCGGUUGUUGCGCGAGUCUGAAUAAGAAGACUCCGUUCGUGGCGGAGACCGAGAUAGGGCAGGGAGGGACUAGCGCGUGGAAGAUAUGCGGUCUUCAUCCAGGCACCUCAGUCUCCAUCUUCUUCGAAGUGACGACUCAGCACACUCAGCCGAUCCCCCCGGGCCAGCUGCGCUACACUCAGUUUCAGACCCACUACAUCCACAGCACCGGACAGCACCGGCUGCGCGUGACGACCCUUGCGCAGAGCUGGGCGACGGCGGAGAGCACGACAGAGAACAAGCUCGGGCCACAUGGAUGGAUGGAAGUUGCCUCCUCCUUCGACCAGGAAGCGACUGCUGCUCUCAUGGCUCGCUGGGCGGUGCACAAGGCAGAGACGGAGGAAUCGUUCGACAUCCUGCGAUGGUUGGACCGCAAGCUCAUCCAGCUGUGCCAGAAGUUUGCUGAGUACAGGAAGGACGACGCCUCGUCCUUCCGCCUCGCCCCCAACUUCUCGAUAUACCCUCAGUUCAUGUUCAACCUUCGCAGGUCUCAGUUCCUGCACGUGUUCGGCAGCUCUCCUGACGAGACGGCGUUCUUCCGCAUCUACCUCCUCAAGGAGGGGACGACCAACAUGACCUUGAUGAUUCAGCCCUCUCUCCUUGCCUUCUCCUUCAACCAUCCUCCAGGCCCCGUCCUCCUGGAUGUCAGCAGCAUCGCUCCUGACCGCAUCCUGCUCCUGGACACCUACUUCAACGUCGUCCUGUUCCACGGAGAGACGAUUGCGGAGUGGAAGCGGCAGAAGUUCCAGGAGAAUCCAGAGUAUGUUUCUUUCAAGCAGCUGCUAGAGGCUCCUCAAGAGGAGGCCAAGGAGCUGAUGCGGGACCGUUUCCCGUACCCUCGUUUCGUUGACUGUGACCAGCACGGUUCGCAGGCUCGCUUCCUGCUCUCCAAGGUUAACCCUUCCUCCACUCACAACCAGCAGGUGGGAGGGGUUGGCGAGAUCGUGCAGACAGACGACGUGAGCUUUCAGACGUUCAUGGAGUACUUGCAGAGGUUGACAGUGCAGUCAUGAUCGGGAGGAGGGAGGAGGGACAGUGAGGGGAAGUUCACUUUUGGUGGAACUGUUGGAGUUCAUGGUUGCCUGCUCCAAGGACACGAGGAGCGUGCGAGAUGAUACGACUUUCAAUAAACGAUCAUCAUCUGC